AGCGAGACGUUCAUUUCCGUUUCGGUAUCCGACUUGACAUUCACUCGGACUCAACCUAGGUUUCAGUAUCAUUGAAAGUAUGUCAGAAGAACAUCGAAAGAAGUACUGGCCAGAAAGGCCACGAAAACGUAAACUUUACCCUUUCUACACCGUAAAAGAUGGUGAUGACUGCUUAAAGAAGUCCUUGACUCUCGCAGGUUACGGCGGUGUUGCAGGUACAUUAAUUGCUGGAAUGACCGGCAAACUUGCAAGUGAACCAGGCACUGGAACACUGGUCACAAAUAUUAUAAUGCGCCUUCCGAAAUAUGCUUUGUCUAUGGCUGGAGCAGGGGCAUUGUUUGCAACAGGCAUUUGCAUAGCUUCGAAAGUGCGAGGAGGAACAAAUGACCCACUGAACCACUUUGUUGGUGGUCUGGCAGCAGGUAGUUCUUUUGGAGUUGCAGCAAAAAGCCAGAAGUUUGGAUGGGGGAUGGGUUUUGCCUUAGCCUUUGCUGCUGCAGUAUGGAAAAUGGGCAAGUUAGAUGGCUGGGCCAAUCCUGUGUAUGAUAUUCGACGGGAAAAAGCGUUCUUUGAUUAUAACAGAAGUUUCUGCCCAGGCUCUUCACGUCCUGACCCAGAGGGAGUGGAAUCUGAGGUGGUGCAGAAAUGUCAUUAAAAUAUCAGAAGCUUGAUCAGAUGUAAAAUCUACAUUUUUCUAACAAUGCCUGCCAACACUUGCUAGUACAGAGAAUAGGAAAUAAUGCAGUUUUAUCAACAGCCAUUUUAGGAUGCAAGAACAUAUGGGAUUUCGCUAAAGACUGUCGUCAUUUUAGAAGAUUAGCUUUUGAAAAAAAAUAAUGUGGAUGGGAAAUAGAUAUGUAUUGAUGAUGCUAUUAAAUAACGGUUGUACAGUUUUUGCCAAAUAUUUUCAUCCUUUUCUGACUCUGGUGUUCAAAUGAAUUGGCUGAUUUUUUUUUUAAAUUCAUGCAGUUUUUUCCAGUACCAGAAUUUUCUGUAAUUUUUUUUCUCUUCACUGUUUCUUUUUCUGUUUUUUAAUUACUUAUCUCCCUUUCACUUAUCUCCCUUCCACUUAUCUGCUGCCUCACACGGCGAUGGAUGUACAAUCACAUAUAUUUUUGACCUAAGACUUCAAAGUCGGUCAAAAUCUCUUUGAUAAGGAAAGAUGUUUCAGACUCAUUUCACACAUCCUGUUCAAAUAACUUAGAAGGAAAACAUUUUAUUUUUACUUCAAAGGUAAGGUAAGCAUACGUUGGAAAUAGACGCUGACGGAAGUGGAAACUAAGAAAUGCAGCAGUACAGAAGUGUGUUGUAGAAAUAUAAUCCCAUGACCUUUCAGUUGCUGGGGAGUGAUGAGUUAGCUAGCUCUCUUUUGUCAGGGUCCGGCCUUUUUUUUUUUUUUUGUGAAGUCCGUGCCCAUUUUCUCUCUGAUGCUUUUCCCUCCUCAGUCAACAGCUGGGUCAACAGGAAGAAGUAUGCUGCGAUGCACAGGUAUCGAACCGGUUAUUGUUUCCACCUUUCCUUCUUUAAUAACCCUUAUUGAGGGUGUAGGAGAGAGGGGGAGCUGGCGUGGGCGAUGCGAUGAACGACCAUUGUGAACUGCUGUUUAUAUGAACGACCAGUGUGAACAGUGCCGUUUCGAUGAACAAGCAGUGUGAAUUAAACAGCUAGUGCUGUCUCGCUAAACGACCAAUGUGAACAGUGGUCAGGCUGAAUGAUGCAGGCAUUCUCUGUCGGGCUCGCACAAUCUCGACCUGAUAACAAUAAAGAAAAUGUAAACUACAACUGAAUUACCUCCAGAUUUCACAAACGACUUGCACCACGUGUCGAAUACAUCGGUUGCAGACAGCAGUACUGACGCUGCAACGUUGACUUUACCGGUAGGUGUGCAUACCAUAUCUUAGCAGCAGCCUCGACAAAGGGGUGGAUACCCUGUCUCAUGCAAACAAUUUAAUAAUGAACAUUUUGAGGGUUUGUGUGUGUGUGUGUGUGAAUAUGUUGCACUGAUUAUGUCCAACGAGGUAACAGGUUUUCUUUAGUUUCUUCCGUCAGAAUUUUUUCCAUGCUUAGGUAAAUCAGUUACAAACAAACUGGUGGCACUGGGUGGGUGGGUGUGCGCGCGCUAGUGAUCUUCAUCGUGCAGACAACAGGCACUCAGGCGAUACAUGUGCUACAACAGUCCAGUAACGAGUUCACGUGACUAAACCUUCCUGAUGAUAAUAAUCGUCAGUGCACUGCUCAUGCUCAGAACAUCUAGCUGGCUCUGAUAACACCGUCACACACUUUACAUCCACCACCUCUCGAGGUCAGUCUCGUCAGCAGAUUACCGGGACUGUUCGUGCAACAAGAACGAAAAAAUGGCCGGAAAUUUUACGUUUUAUUAAUCAUUUGGAACGACAUUCGUCUUGGACCUGAGACGAGAAUGGCAAAUCAUGGAUACAGUCGUGUGGGUCCGGAGUCAUCGUUGCCAUUAUGGCGAAAGCUGUGUUUCGCUGUCGGUGGCGUCCCGUACCAAAUGACGUCCACCGUCAUCGGCUUCUUCCUCAACAUUUUCCUCCUUGAAGUUGCAGAGGUAAAGCCCAGCUAUGUGGCCGUGGUGCUUUUCUCGGGCAAAGCGUGGGACGCGGUGACGGACCCUGCCUGCGGUUACCUCGUGCAGCGCACAAGCUCGCGGUGGGGGAAGAUGCGGCCCUGGAUUCUAUUCUCCGCUCCUUUCUCGUGUGCCGCCUACUUCAUGCUGUUCUUCGUGCCCUGGAGGUACCAAGAGGUUGACCACCGGUCCGAGACAGAGGCCAGCAUGGAGGAGAAGCUGGCAUACUACUUUGUCAUCUUCUGUCUCUUCCAGGGAUUUCUCACGGCUCUCCACGUCCCGUAUACAGCGCUGACGAUGUAUGUCACGACCCAGCAGAAAGAGCGUGACUCCAUCACAGCAUACAGAAUGUGGUUCGAGGCUCUCGGAGUUCUUGCGGCUGUGGUCAUUCAAGGCCAACUGGUACAAAGCACGCGGUGCACAGACGACGACGACGACACCAGUGUCACAGUUCAGGACAUGGAAGAUCGGGAAUGGUCCUACAGAAUCGGCUCCUUUGUUGUGAUCGGGAUUUACUUGAUCUGCUCGUGCACAGUAUUCUUCGGAGUGAAAGAGGAAAAAGAUGACAGAACUGAUGGUGAUAGUUCGGGACUUUUUAAGGGCCUGAAGCUGGUGUUUUCCUUCACUCCUUACCUGAAGGCCGCCAUGACAUUUCUGUUUCUUUCUUUGGCAGUUGGAAUAGUUCAAGGUAACGUGGCGCUCUACACCACUCACUCCUUGAAACUCGGUGACUAUUUCUCCAUUUUCAUCCUCGUGUUGCUGCUGGUGUCUAUUUUUGCCAUGCCGGUGUGGCAGUUCGUCAUACUCCGUUUUGGCAAAAAAACUGCAUAUGCUGCUGGGAUUAUAAUUCUGAUGCCCACCUUCAUCUGCCAGAUGUACGUCCCCGAGAAAAGCAUGGCGCUGUAUUUUGUGGUCAUCGUUUUUGCCGGCCUUGGCGUCUCUGUCUCUCUCCUCCUGCCCUGGUCCGUGUUGCCGGAUGUGCUGGACCUGUUCAUGCUGGAGAAGCGGACGCGGAAGGACGCGCUGUUCUAUGCGUACUACGUCUUCUUCAGCAAGCUGGCGCUGGGGCUGGGGCUGGGCAUCUCACAGGUCGUCCUGUCGUUUGGGGGCUACAAGACAGGGGAGUGCAAGCAGCCGGACAGCGUUGGCCAGACCCUCCGCCUGCUCGUGACGCCGGCCCCUGUGGUGUUUCUGUUGGUGGCGCUGCUGUUCUUGUGGAGUUACCCCAUCACGGAGGCCCGCAGGAACGAAAUCCGAGAGGAGGUUUUGCGGUACAGAGAUCAGCUCAAUAAAGCAUCCUUGGAUUCUUCGCGGAGCUACGAAAGCAUCGCCGCUAGCAGCAGUGACGUAGUGACUCAGUUCUGACCCCACGACUGACCUUCGACCCGGAAAGGAAAUCUCGCGAACUGUGACAAAAUUAUUUAAUUCAUCCACUAAAGCGAGACAGCAGGUGAACCAAUUCCAACUAAGCCGGUGUGUUUUGGCACUUUCUCAUGGCGAUCCCUACCAAAUCCUUUGCAGUUCCUGGUUGAUAGGCGAUCCAGUUAUCGCUUUAAGAUAAUCCACCAAAGGGCUGCGGGGACUCCCCCGGGAUUUCGAGAAAGGUGGAAUUGUUUUUCAAUAACUCAGUGCCAAUGAAUGUGUUGACUCGAUUGGAUAAGAAAUGAACUUGUAGAACGAAUGGUCAAUUAUGUAAGGGAUAAUUGGUGAAGAAAAAAAUAUUUGUUUACUUAUCCCAUAAAGAAAGAAAGGAGAA